AUGCAACAUCAUUCGGAGACGACAACGACGUCAAUGACGCAACCUCUUUGCCCCAAGCCACGUCGUGUGUGCCCUUCUCUUCCUGACUUCCUCAAUCCGCUCUCAUGUUCCCUACACUCUUCCAGCUGCCAACAAAGUUCGGAUGGAAGAAGCGCCGUUCUCAGCACAAUCGAGAAGGUGCAGCCGAUAGAAGGUGGAAUGGAGUCAAUGUGGUACGCAGGGUCUCCACCUAGGAGAACCGGGAAUCCUCUUGUACACGACAUUCAUUUCAUUAGCUGCCUCGACCUUCUUCCCAAUUUCUCAAGAACCAAGGCUUGA